AUGACGCUUCCGGAGGUUGAGCUAGUCAACGUGCCGCCAUGGCUGUCCGCUUUGUGGCUCUCGCAGCCAGAUGGCACCAUAGUCGGGCAUUGUGAGGAUGACAAGACAAUACGGCUGACUCCCGCGUGUGCAGAUCCGAAAAAGCCAUCCGUCCUCGAAACCACACUCAUACGAGAAGCGAAAGGAACGUACUUACUUAUGCUUUUACUUUAUUUUGCAAUUAUAGUUGGUACUGUAGUGUUUAUUAAGCUCCUUAACCAUUCCUUUUUAGCGGUAGGAUUUGGUGAUGAUUUCGUCCUCUUGGCCGCGUCAGUAUAUGCUCUUAAUGAAUCAAGAUUUAGUUACUUAUUUGAAACAAAGUUUUGUUGAAACACCUGCUUCGGCUUGUCCAAUGAAAAACGCUUGUUUUCAGGUAUGCCAUCGAUCUAGAGGGUCCGCCUGAGAGUUCGACAGCUGACGUCGCAAGUCGCAAGACAUCUGUCGGGACAACUGCAUCUUCUUCUAGCAGUAGCAGUAGUGCACAGAAAAAGACGGACAUGUCCGCUGCGACACCAGGGGUUGGGGGAUCGACUUCCAGUACAACUGCUGCAGCUAGUGGCGAGAACAAAAGGACAGUGGAGAGAGUGACGAGGGUUUUAUCCUUGUUACCUAAAGAGGACGAUGAGAGCUAUCGAAAUAUGGUGGCGGAGAGGCGAAAAGCGGCAGCGAGAAGGGAACCCCAUAUUACCGAAAUCGAUAAGCGACCUAAGGUGCAAAAAAGGACAGUAGUAGAUACCAAACCCCAUGAAGCGGGAGGUGGCAGUAGAUUGAAUGCACUGAAAAAACGAAAAAUAUAGCAGGAGUGUUCAGAAAAACAAAAUUACUUAUGCGCUCAACUCCUUGAUUCCUCCACCUGAACAAGAGGCAUCUCUCCGCCUCCUUCUUCCUCCUUCGACUACCUUUUUCAGAACAAUCGUCGCUUUCUAAGGUCUCGAGUACCUGCUUUGAAGAGAAAAG